AUGAUGGCGUUGAUUUUACCCAAAGGGAUCGUGGUCAACAGUGAUGAAAUCAAUGAGAGUAUUGAGAAGAUUGCCUCCGAGCCAUUGGACGCAGCAGAAAUUGCCAAAUUCUGGAAAGUGUAUACCACUACGAAGCGCAGGCUCCUGGAUCCUACGGCGGAGCGUCUAGAGAACUAUUGGUGGCGUAUAUGGUACAGCGACAAGAAACACCUAGAAGCUGCGACUGUUGCCCGACUCUUUGAUCACAUCUCGAACGGACCAACCUUCGUACCACUACGCGGACCUCCGAAUCGUGUCGAAGGACCAUCACCACCGAACAAAAGUAUUCAACAUCUACCUGGAGCUUCGAGCACCACAGCUCUCCACCACCCUCGCCCAAGUGGGCCAUCAACAAGUAGUGGGACGACCACUACCGCUUCCUCCGCAUCCAAGGGGCCUGCACCCAUGCCACACCCAAUCUUGAAGAAAACAAGAGGGCCAUCUACAAGCGGUCCACGCCCAACGGCUCGGUUCAUCUCACCCCAUGAGUCAGAACAGGAGGGCGAAGAAAACUCGCCCAUCAGUCCUAAUUCCCACGUUGUAGUUCAGCCACCUUCGCCAGAUACACAGGAGGGAAAGGCCGAUAAGAAGGCCGGGACUCCGAAUAGGAAGAAGCCUGGCUUCGCUGCCUCGACGAAAAAGAAGCGCCCCGUGAUCGUUCGCCGACAAAGCUCGCAAACAUCUCAAUCUUCAGCGGAUGUGGCUACUAGAGAAGCCGAAGCUGCGCAGGCGACCUCGGGAACCCGUUCUCCGCUGGAUGGACCACCUGCAAGGACGCAGUCAAAAUUUCAAGAGAACUUCACUCCAUCUCCUGACCGAUCCGCUAGUAGUCAGCUAGCGAAGAAGAAGCUUACUGACACGAAACGUUCUUCCCCACGGAAAUCAGCUGGUGUAAAAGUGCGUGCUUCCUCCAGCGAGCGUGGCCUAUCUGGACAACCUGGACCAUCUUCUAAACUUCAACGUGUCGAAAAUCUCCAGGAGGAAGAGGAGAAGGAGGAACUGGCUCCGGAGGAGUCCGAGGCAUUGGAACUUCAGAGGAUUAUGCUAGCCGAAGCGAAUGCUCGUCUACAACGAAAAGUUAAAGGAACGAUAGACCGUACCAGUGACCCGGAACCGGAGCGUCCACAGACGACAUUACUGAAGUCACCGAGGUCAAAAUCGGCUGGAACCCCCGAGUCGUCUGGAUCAGACGCCAUGCGACUUGUGCAACACGAUUCCAAGGGUGUUCCUAGCCUGGCCCCAACGCUGGCCGAUGCAACUGGACAAGUACAGCUAGGUGAAUUUGGUCCCAACCCGCCUCGGUCUCCCUCGAGAACGUCACCAUCUUCAACAAGAGAAUCGAAAGGCAAAUCACGGGCCACAGAACAAGCGGAGCAAGGCGAUAUGUUUGCAAAACGACCAGUCCAGCCUGUGAAAGCAGCACCAGUAGCAGAUACUUUGACCAGAAGCAAAAGUCAACUCACUUUGUUGCUGAAGCAGGACAAGGAGAAGAACAACCGAAAUGAAAGAGAAUACAAGAAGAAGAAGUAA